UUAUAUAAACCUCCACUCUCAUCUUCAAACAUUCAUAUAUUUCUUGUUCCCUAAGUCUCAUAGAACCCCAAUCUUGAUUCUUGAAACCUAAUUCAAGAAUUCAUUAAAAGAUAUAUAUCCAUGUCUGGUGUUUGGGUGUUCAAGAACGGUGUGGUUCGACUGGUGGAGAACCCUGGAAGCGAUUCGUUUCAGGGCUCUAUUCGACGAAAGGUGCUGGUUCAUGUAGCCACGAACGAAGUGGUGACUUCGUACGAGGUGCUGGAAAGAAUCUUGUCGUCAUUCGGAUGGGAGAGGUACUACGACGAUCCUGAUCUGUUUCAGUUUCACAAAAGAUCAACAGUCCACCUCAUUUCGCUCCCGAGAGACUUCAACAAGCUCAAGUCCAUGCACAUGUACGAUAUCGUCGUCAAGAAUCGCAAUGUGUUUGAAGUAAGAGACAUAUAGUAAGCUAGCUAGCUAAUUAAGUAGCCAGUACCCAUGGCUCGUUGGUUAGCUAGCUAGCUCGAUCUGUGUUGUGUUCAUCUGUAUCUUUGUUUAUUUGUUUGAUUGUUUGUUCCCCGUGAUGAUGGGUAUGAGUGAAAGUACCUCUGCUGACAAAGUAAGUCCAAGUUUGAUUAUGCGCAGUUGAAUCAAAAGUUUGUAUUUUUUUUAGGUUUAAGAAGCUAAUUGCUUGUAGCUCAAGGGUUGUUUGGUGUUCUUGUGUAUCUGUAAAUCUUGUAUGGUGUUUCCUGUAAUGAAAAAUCAAGCUUC